GUAACCUAUCGACUGUACUGAGCUGAGCUGGCGAGCUGUAUUUUCGUUCAUUUUCAAAUAUCACUGGGAUGAUGUUAACAUCAUGAUGGUUGAUACUCUUUUCUACAUCAUUUUAUCAGUUAACUUGACCGUAUACAAAGACUAAGUGUAUUUGUUUAUCUUUGCCAUAUUGCGUGACUGCUUCCAGAAUGAAUGACCACGCCCGACCCCGCCGCUCCAAAUGGGACACGCCCUCAACCGUGGUUCCUGCUCCUGCCCCCGCCCCUGCCCUUGUUCCCGCUGCCCCUCCUAUUCCUUCUCAGUACCCUGCCACCGCAGCACAGUUGUUGGAUGGGCAGGUCAGCAGUCUUGAGGCCGCAUCAGCAGCAGCGGCUAGAAUCAAUGCUAUGCUGAUAUCCAAGGGCAAACUGAAGCUCCCGCCAGGCAUCGUACCAGCAGAGCCAGAUAACAAACAGAAACAAGUCAAGCUGCCGGUGAAGGAAGAGAAGGGCAAGAGUGAACCGCUGGUUGCGGAAGUUGAAAUCAAUGAAGUACCCAUUCAGUGUCGUAACAUGCUCACUAAAGGAUCUACACAAGAGGAGAUCAGUAGAUUAACAGGCGCGGCUGUAUCAACAAGAGGGAGGUACAUGUCAUAUGCAGAUAGAGCAACAAAUAAUAUGGGAGAGAGGCCAUUGUAUCUAUGUGUACAAGGACCAACAAGGGAGAGCGUGGACAGGGCGGUGGAGCAUAUCAAGGCAUUAAUAGGGGGUGGCAUACAGAACAAGGGUGUGGCCACAACAGGGAACAGGACCCGGACCAGGUUUAGUGCAGCCACCACUGGCCCAGCAGCGGCAGUAAACACCCGGCCCCCAGGAGCACCCAUCUUCAGUCGACCCCCUGCCCCAGGACUAGGGGCACAGAUAAGGGCACCGGGUGUAGGAGGGGAUGUCAGGGGGCCUGCAGGAGGGGUGCGUGGUCCAGGGCCUAACCCCAUGGUUCCACCUCCAGCAAUCCAACUGGCAAUCCAAACUGCACAGUCUUCAGGGCAUUACUUACAAGAUAAAGUAUUUAUUGGCUUGGAACAUGCAGACCCAUCUUUUAACAUAAAAGAGAAGAUCCAAGGUCCCGGGGGUUCCUUCCUGCAGCACAUCCGAGCAGAGACCGGUGCCAACAUCUACCUGAGAGGGCGUGGCUCCGGUUUCAUGGAGCCCACGUCAGGGCGCGAAGCCUUCGAGAAUCUCUAUAUGUACAUCACUCAUCCUAAAGCAGACGGUCUCCAGGCAGCCAAGAAACUCUGUGAAAACCUUGUCACAACUAUUCAAGCAGAGUAUGUGGCACAUCAAAGUCAACUCUUCCAAAGAUCAGCACCUGCCUUAGCUGCUGCCCACAUGAUAGCACCACCAGCUCGUCCAGGUCAGCCGGUGGGGCAGGCCAUCCCUCAGCCUCCCUCUCAGCAGCUGCAACAGCCUGGAGCAUUGGGAUUAUAUUCACAAGCUCAACCAACGCUCCCCGCCGCUAGUACGGCUUUUAGUCAAACACUAGCUGCUCAACAACAGGCCCAAGCAAUCCUUGGUGCCCAGAGGCCAGUGGUCAGUAUAGCAGUUAGUGGUCAGCCUGGAAUUGUCUAUCCUCAUCUCGCUGCUCAACCACAGCCUGGACUUCCUGGACAACCAGGAUUAGCACUGCAGGCUAGGGCCCCUCAGCCUGUUCCUGCUCCAGCUCCUGUCCCCCCUCCUCAACGUCUUCCCCCUCCCAUUCCCCAAGUGGUUGUACCAGCAGCCUCCCAGGCCCAGAUUUAUGCAGCACAGGUUGCUGUGUCACAGAGUCAUCAGAGCCUUGCCCAAGCUCAGGCCCAAGCUGCAGUUCAAGCAGCACAGGCCCAAGCUCAAGCCCAGGCCCAAGUCCAGUCCCAGGCUCAGGCCCAGCUUGCUCAAGCUCAAGCCCAGCUUCAGUUACCAGUCAGUGUUGGGAUAGCGGUUGGUCAGCAGGUACUCCAGCAACCUUUAGGACCACCUCCCCAACAGCAGCAACAACUCCAGCAACAGCCACAGCAAUCUGCAAAGAGGAGAUUCAGAGAAGAUCUGGUUCCUGAGAGACCAGAGCACCAUCCACCCCCAAUGACUAAUCUAGGUGUCUCACCCCCUGGUCACAGUCCCUUGGGUAUCGCUGGAGCCAUGGCUGGAGGACAGGGAUCGUUACUCGGGUUACCAGGGCAACCACCAGAAGAUAGAAGGUUGAUGCCUCCACCACCUAACCCCCAUGCCAUGCGAGAUGCAGCAAGGAAACGAUUACUGCCCCCUCAGGGCUUAGAUAUUCAUGGAGGUAGGAUACCUUCACCAGAGGAAUCACGGAUAAAGCGGGGACGACUUGUCUCCUACGACACCAGCGGAGACUCCGAUGAAGACGAAGAUGCUGCCGGACGUGCCAGGACUCGCUUUGAUGCCGGGCCUCGCUUUCAGGCGUCAUCAGCAGGAGGUUACAUGGCGCCUCCUCCCCGGGGACUUCUUCCACCGUCAUCGCACUCCACAUCGACUUCGACAUCGUCCUCAUUCUACAAAGUGGAACGAAGGGAACCAGGUCCAGGGGGUUCUCCGUUUUGGAUGGCAAGGAAUUGAUAAAACUUGAUGGGAUGAAAGAGAACUAUAAUGCAUUGUAUCUAUUUCAAGGUUAUGAACACUUUCAAGAGACUUGUGUUCUCUAUGUGUUAAUCCGAAAGGUGACACAUGCUUUUCUCCCAUGUCAUCUUUUAUUUCAUAAGUAGGUGAAUUGCAUAAAAAAAGCAAAUCCUGGAAAUAUUAUGGUCUUCUCUGCAUUGUACAUACCAUAGACGUCAGAAGGUAUUGCAAGGAAAAAUGCUGCUUUGUCAAAUAGUAAUCCUAAAUUCAUCAUUCUUUGCCAUUGAACUAUGGACUUACAUAUGGCUGAUAAGUGAAGGUAUUGGUUUAUGUGAUAAGUGAAAGGCAUUUCCUUUCCUGUGUUGUAUACUGAUAGUUAAUACUUACGUAUCAUGUUUUAUGUCUUGAGUGAAUUGCAUUUUGAUUUAUUUUUCAUGCAAACACUAUUUUGCUUGGCUACUUACAUGUAAUCAUGCAUGUUGAUGAUUAUGUCAAGAAGCAUUAUUAGAGGGAAAAAAAGUUUACUUGAGAAAAAGUUUUCCCAAGAUGUUAGCUUCUUUUACUUGGACUAAAAAGAAAGAAACGUUAAAAAAAUUUUGUAUCAGAACUGUAAUUGAUAUUCAUUGAUUUUAAUUUAAUAACACAAUUUUAAUAAUUCAAUUAUUUAUCUUCAGGAUUCUCUUGAAAUGAAUGAUUAUUGAUAUUGUUUCAUUGAUUUUAAUAUUGUUUGAAUUCUAAUUUGUAUUAAUUCUGCUAUUCAAAAGAGAUAUUCAGUUACUUCAAAUCUGAGCUGUUUGCAUAUGCUUUCUGAAAUUCAAUAUUCUUUUCUUCAACAAAUAUUACAAAGCCAAUCCAUGGGUUCAAAGAGUAAAUUUGAUUCAAAUCAGUUUCAAAUAUGAAAAGCCAUUGGUCCCAUAAUUCAUCACCUAGAAUCUAUCUGUCAAUGAAUUGUAUUAUGAAGAGAUGAAUGGUGUAGCACCUAGGAGAUGAAUUAUGGUGUCACUUGCUUUCCAUAGUUUGGGUUGAUUUCAACCAGUUCCACUCUUUAUAAUACAUGUAUACCACAGGGCAUCAGAUUGUUGAGGUUGAAAUGAUAUUUUCAACUCUGAUAAAAAGCAAGCAAUACAUGCAUGCAGAAUUUGUUGAUUAAGGUAUAAUUUGUUGAAUCUGUAAUUACGAUAUAUGUUUUCUUUAUAUUUAUUUCAGGGACCAGGAAUUGUGUGGCUUGGUUUACCAUAAUCAUUGUUUUCAUCGAUCAAAAUUUAAUUAUCCAAUUCUGUUUUUUUUGUUUAGGGCAGUUUUAUGAAAGACUAAUACACAUGAAUCAAAGAUGUAAUCACUUUCAUUUUUAAAUGGUUGGUUUUUACAAGACUAGAAGAAAUGUAUUCUCAUUUGAAAAAAACUAUUAUACAAAUCAUUCUGUGGAAAAUCAACCGCACCAUAACUCCAUAUCUAGAGCAGUAUGUCAAAGAAAUAGUGCUUUCAUCAUAGAUGAUGUAUGCCCAUGAAUGUACAAUUGCCAAUCAUUGUAGUUUUUAUUUUACUGUAAGCUUAUGAUCUAUGAUGUCACUGGCUUUCCAUAGUCAAGAUUGAUUCCUUGCAAAUUAUUUUUUACCUGUAGGGAUA